AUGACGCUGGAAAGACAAGGUGAUAUUUUAUCGAGUAAGCAUCAACAGCAUCAAAUUUAUGACAAAAGGACAUACCCGGGUAGAUUGGGCAACAAUGCUGCCAAACUUCCAAGAAAAAGCCCUCUGUCUGCUCUUAAAGCCCCAAAGCGUUCUUCGAGAAUGUCGAAUUCGGAAGAAUUCGCUUACGACGGGCCUCAGGCUUUUGAAGUUGGCAAUCCAGAUUUGCUAGACUCACCAUUUCGAGCAACUAACCUCAGCACCAAUAAAUUAGGAUCUGCUCCUCCUGUAUUCGGUGAGAAUAUUUUUAAU